CUGAUUUAUCAUCAGAGACGCGAGGAGCAGCUAUGAGUUUACCAGCGAGAGGAUUUGUAGUGUUCCUUCUCUCUACACAAGUGGUUCAGGGUCAGGAUGACUGGGGAGUGACUUACUCUUCUACUGAGACCUGUGCAGUAAAAGGAUCAACAGUGGAAAUGAGAUGCACCUACACAUACCCAUUCAAAGUGUGGUUUACCAUAGUUGAGAAAACGUUCUGGUUUACUAAAAAGGAAGAUGGUGAACUUGUAGAUCUGAAAACAGACUCAGAGUAUGUAGGUCGUGUAGAGGAUCGCUGUGAAAACAACAUCUGCACUCUGAGAAUCAAAAACCUGACAGAGAGCGACUCAGUUGAGUACUGGUUCAGGAUAAUCAUCCAAAAAGGUGGAUCAUAUAUUGGUUCACCUGGAGUCACUUUGUCUGUCACAGAUCUCCAGUUGAAGGUGAGCAGAGCGUAUUCAGACCAUGCAGAGCUGAAGUGUCAGACCAGCUGUCAUGUACCUGAUAAUACUUCCUACAUCUGGUACAAGAAUGGAGAGAAACUUUGGACAGGAAUAUCUUACUCUCGUUUAGUCAACUUUGGUUCAGCAGACAUCUAUUCCUGUGCUUUAAACGGACAUGAGAAUCACCGUUCUCCUCCAGUGUAUCCUCCAACACUUCCCUCUGUGUCAGUGAGUCCCUCUGCUGAGAUAGAGAAGGGCAGUUCAGUGACUCUGUCCUGUAGCAGUGAUGCUAACCCAGCAGCUAACUACACCUGGUACAAGGAUGAAACUUCAUACUCUUCUAUUCUGAAUGAAGAACCACAGUUUGUCUUCAGCUCCAUGCAGGCCUCUGACUCUGGAGAGUAUUUCUGUACAGCUGAGAACGAGCUGGGAAGGAGGACAUCGGAAACGUUUUUUAUUGAUGUGAAAUAUAAAUCCCCAAUGAUCAUGAACAUCACCAGGUUGGUUCUGGUGGUUCUGGUGGUUCUGGUGCUGAUUCCUCUGCUCCUUUUCUUUCUCUGGAUGAGGAAGAAGAAGGCUUCGAGCUCCACCACUGAAGCAAAUGAACCCAUAGAGACUGUGGAGAUAGAUCCUUUUUCUGUGUAUGAGAACGUCUCAGACCUGAACAUGGUCUCUGCAGAACAGACAGAAGAACCAGAGGAGCAGGAGGACCUGGUGUGAAGAUGCAUCAAACCAGAGGGAGACUCACCUGGAUGAAACAGAAAGAAGUGAAACAUUGAAGAGGAAACAUUUACCCUCAAGUUUUCAUGGUGUUAAGUAACAGUAGGUAGGAGUGAAAGCAGUCAGAAACAACAUGUACAGGAGAUGGAGUAAAAUGUUUAUUUUAAUGAACAGUAUAUACACACACUUUACUGCAAGAGUGGGGGUGUAAACAGAAAUGUGCAUCAGCUUACAUUUAGCACUCUAACUACUUAUCAUAUUUGCAGCAUUCCUUCAAUGUGUAUACAUUUUAUAGUGAAAAUGUCAUGAUAAAAGUAAAAUUGGGGAAAAAAAGAAACCCUCCCCUAUGUCCCCAUAAGGGAGGCGAGUCCCCACACGUGACUGUAUAAACAGAUCUAGGUCCCCACAAGGAUAGUAAUGCUAGAUCACACACACACAGGUUGAUUCUUCAAACGCCUUACUUAUUGUUGAAUUGUGAUCCUCAUAUUUAAUCCAUUCAUUCCGCCUUUCCAAAUAUUUGUAUACGUAUUUGUAUAAAUAUGUAUUAUUUUUGUAUUUCUAAAAUGAUGCUUACAUUUGACUCCUUGUUGUUUAAUGAAGGUUAAACCAGUUCCUCAUUCUCUUUCUCACAGCUGUUCUUCUAAGUAUUCUUUAUAAAUAUCUGUAACUUGCUUCUUCCUCUUUUAAAAAAUAUUUA